AUGCUUUCCUACUCUCGCGGCCACGCAAUGGUGGUACUCAUCGUUUUGUUAUCGUCGUUUGCGCCGUUCGUCGCCGGUCAGUUCCAGGUCGCUCCCACCGGCGCCUUUGCUGGCCUAGGUCUCGCUGCCACAUGCGAAUCUGUCCUGUAUCAGAGCAUCAACUGUCAUGCGUAUGUCCUGAAUCUCGGCCAGAAGGUUUACCACGGUUCGCCGGGGAACAAGACCUUUACAGACACCAUCUGUUCUCCUACAUGCUGGACCUCUCUCCAAACGGCGCGGAGAAGAAUCGUAGGCGCCUGUACCCAGACGCCAGACCUGUUUCCUGGAUACCCCGUCCUCGCCAUGAUCGAUCCUGUUGUCUCUGGCUGGAACGAAACUUGCCUCAAGGACUCUGAUGGAGGCUACUGCAACGCCAAGAUCGAGACGUUUCCAGAGGUCGAGAAGAUUGAGGACAUGCCGCAAGCACAGCUUUGCUCCUUUUGUCUGGGAGCGAAACUCCAGCUCAUGCAGUCAUCACCCUACUCGGCGUACGAUCAGCUACAUGCUGAGAGGCUCGAGUACAUCAACAAGCGUUGCGGAGCAGGAACAGGCGGCAGCACGAGCCCUCUACCUCCCGCAAUCCAUCCAAACGGAACCACACCGGACACCUGUGUCUCAGGGAACAAGUACACAGUGAAGAACGGCGAUACGUGCAACAGCAUUGCACAGACAAAUGCCGUGUCCUCGUCCACCCUCUACUACAUCAAUCCUGAGCUCUUGAAUUGCAGUGCCCCUGACGUUGGCCUACAGCUCUGCCUGCCAGACAAGUGCGAGACCACAUACACAGUCAAGGAAGCCGAUGACUGCGUGACGAUCGCCAUCCGAGCCGAAGGCAGCGCCGCCUCUUCGUGGCAGGAUCUCGUGGCAUGGAACGCGGGCCUGGACGAUCGGUGUAGUAACAUCUGGUCCCCGUCCAGCAGCCCCCGCUACUGGGGCAACGUGAUCUGCAUCAGCGCCCCGGGAGGACUCCCUUCCACUCCGGGAACGGAGCCCAGCAAUGGAAAUGGCAACGGUACCGGUAACGGUAACAAUGGCGGACCUGGUGGCUCGGGUGACGGGUAUGCUGACUUCCCCGUCCCUGUGCCCACGGGAGGAACCAUUGCACAGGGAACGACGACGUUGUGUGGAGCUUGGGUGCAGGCGCGGAGUGAUUCCACUUGCUCUUCGCUGAUUGUCGGAACCGCCGUGCCUAUUAGCCUUUGGUUGCUGGCUAAUCCAUCGCUGCGAGAAUCGGUGAACUGUUCCAAGCGGUUGCGAGUUGGGUCAUGGUAUUGUCUACAUCCCGUAAGGGGGUUUGACACGGUGCCCUCUUCUACCUCCACAACACUGAGUGUUUCUUCAACCUCAACAUCUAGCGCUAGACCUUGA